UCCCCUUCACCUAAGUUCCUCCAGAGCCGUCUCCCUCGAAUUAGCCCUCUCCUAACUCCGACCACAGAAAGCUCAGCUUUCAACCCAAGCUUUUGGAGUUUAGGCUGUAGUCCCUAAGAGAAUCUCUAGAAACCCUGCCCCUAGUUUUAAGUUUCGCCCAAUGAAAAAACAAAAGGAGGGGGACAGAAGGCGGGUCGGUGACGUAAUGCGGGUUGAUUGCCAGGCAGGCCUUGGACGUCCAGGAUUAGCCACGCAUUUAGCCAAUCCAGAGGCAGGGGAGGGACGGUGCAGGCGCAGAGAAUUGGAUUUGGCUGGCCUUGAUUUAAAGAGACAGAAGCUGUCGGGGUCCUGGAAGACGGUCCCCAAUACCCUCCCCCCAAGUCCUUGGGACCACUUGGGUCCCCAGAGCUGGGGAGAUGGUUUGCGGCGGCUUUGCCUGCUCCAAGAAUGCGCUUUGCGCUCUCAACGUGGUCUACAUGCUGGUGAGCUUGUUGCUCAUUGGAGUGGCUGCUUGGGGCAAGGGCCUGGGUCUGGUGUCCAGCAUCCACAUCAUCGGCGGAGUCAUUGCCGUGGGAGUCUUCCUUCUCCUUAUUGCAGUGGCUGGACUGGUGGGUGCUGUCAACCACCACCAAGUCCUGCUGUUCUUUUACAUGAUCAUCCUUGGUUUGGUCUUCAUCUUCCAAUUUGUAAUCUCUUGCUCAUGUCUGGCUAUUAACCGAAGCAAACAGACAGAUGUCAUCAAUGCUUCUUGGUGGGUCAUGAGCAACAAGACUCGGGACGAACUGGAAAGAAGUUUUGAUUGUUGUGGCUUAUUCAACCUCACAAGCCUGUAUCAACAAGAUUAUGAUUUCUGCACUGCAAUCUGCAAGAGCCAGAGCCGCACAUGCCAGAUGUGUGGAGAAAAGUUUCUUAAGCAUUCAGAUGAAGCCCUGAAAAUCCUAGGGGGUGUUGGACUCUUCUUUAGCUUUACAGAGAUCCUUGGUGUUUGGCUAGCAAUGAGAUUUCGGAAUCAGAAGGACCCUAGAGCCAACCCCAGUGCCUUUCUAUGAGACUUUGGAUCCUUCUGACUUCUCUUCUGCUCUCUCUAAGCUUUCUCUUCCUCCCUUAGGGAAUAUCUAGGGUCUGUAACCGUUUUGGUUUGAGAAAAAGGAAAGGCCCCUUGUCACAUCCUCUAAAAUUGAUAGAAUAGCAAGACUUUAUGCCUUGACAUAUUUUAGUGGGAGCCAGACUAUAAGGAAUAAAAGGAAAAACUUUCUCCCUCUCUCUCCAAGAGGAUAUGGGAAGCUUCUAGGAGUGUAUAGGAUGGGGGCUGGAGUCAUUCUUAGUUGUUUCCCCUCCUCCUCCGUCCAUAUGCUGGAUCACCUCAACAUACCCUGGUGUGGCUCUAAGGGUAAAUCAGGGAUAGCGCCAAGGAGAAAACAAGCAAGAACUCUUUCCUGUAAUAAGCAGGACCCAGUUUGAGAAAGUUCAGUGAAUAUAAAAGUAAAAGCCAUUUAGAAAUCUAUAUAUAUAUAUAUAUAUAUAUGUAUAUAUAUAUUUUUUU